UUUGAUUGUUUGUCCAUAGAGAAACAAAAGCAUUAUCUCUUGCUUGCUUAUUCAUCAUUUUCUUUCUUCUCUUGACAACUAAUUCUGUUUCUGAAGACUUAAUCAUGGUGGCGGAGCUCUUUCUUUCUGCGUUUCUUCAGGUGCUGUUUGACAGGCUGGCGCCCACGGAGUUGCCGAAAUUUGCCGUUCCGGAGGGGUUUCAUUCAACGCUCGAGGAAUGGAAAUAUACGUUGAAGAUGAUCGAAGCAUUACUCGAUGAUGCCGAGAAGAAGCAACUGACGGACGGGGCUGUGAAAUUGUGGCUGGACGAUCUGAAAGACUUGGCUUAUGAUGUGGAUGACAUACUAGAUGAGUUUGCAACUGAUGCUUUAAGCCACAAGUUAGUGGCUGAAGAUCAGGCUGGCACUAGUUCGGUUCCGAGCUGGCUUUCUGCUGGCUUCAACCAAAUCAUUACUUUGAGCCGAAGUAUUAUGCCGAAUGAUAGAAUGGAGUCAAAGAUAAAAGAUAUCACUUGCCGGAUGGAACGACUCUUUGAACUAAGAACUAAACUUGGAUUGGAGAAUAUUGCUGGACGGUCGUCCUCUACUGGACAACAACGAGGUCCACCAACUACAAGUUUGCCAACUGAAUCUGCUGUUUACGGCAGAGAUGAAGAUAAAACCAAAAUAAUCGAAAUGAUGUCAACUGCUGAAUCAAGUGGAGCCAACUUCCUUGUUAUUCCCAUUGUUGGCAUGGGAGGCCUUGGCAAAACAACCCUUGCCCGGCUUGUGUAUAAUGACGAGGCAAUGAAAGAUUUCAAGUUUGACAAAAAAGCAUGGGUUUGUGUCUCUGACGAUUCCGAUAUUUUGAGAAUCUCAAAAGCAAUUCUCGAGGACAUAACUCGCUCACCUUGUGAUUUGACGGAUCUAAAUCCAGUGCAGCUUCAACUAAAAAAGGCAAUUGCUGGUGAAAGGUUCUUGCUGGUUUUGGAUGAUGUCUGGAACAGUGAUGAUGACUUCUGGGAAAAUUUGAAAUCUCCCUUUAUGGCUGGAGCAAUUGGAAGUAAGAUCAUUGUGACCACACGCGAUGAAAACGUUGCAUCAACAGCAGCCCCCGGUGGUGGCUAUUACAAGUUAAAAGUUCUAUCAGACCAUGGUUGCUGGUCCGUUUUCAAGGAGCAUGCAUUUCGAGGAAGAGUUAGUGGUGAAGUUCCAAAUUUAGAGCUGAUUCGUCAGAAAGUAGUUGAAAAGUGCCAAGGUUUGCCGUUGGCAGCAAGGACUCUUGGUGGCCUUCUACGCUCACAGAGGUAUGAUGAUAGUUGGAUUGAUACACUGAACAGCAAAAUUUGGGAUUUACAUGAUGGAAAUAAGAUACUACCUGUUUUGAGGCUAAGCUAUCACCACCUUCCUGCACAUCUCAAGAGAUGUUUUGCUUAUUGUUCAAUUCUACCGAAAGGUUAUGAAUUUGCAGAAAAAGAACUUGUCUUUUUAUGGAUGGCGGAAGGUCUUAUUAAAGAAUCAAAAAAUCACACACAAUUGGAAGAUUUGGGUUGUGAGUAUUUUCGUGAUCUUGUUGCAAGGUCAAUUUUUCUACAGUCAAGUGCUCAUGAUUCUAAAUUUAUAAUGCAUGACCUUGUCAACGAUUUGGCGGAAUGGGCGUCUGGAGAAGCAAGUUUUAGGAUGGAAGAUGGACUGGUUGCAAACGAGCAAACAAAAAAUUUUGUAAGGGUACGCCAUUAUUCUUAUAGUUCUAUUCGAUAUGAUGGUAGAAAGAAAUUUGUGGAUUUCAAUGAGUUCAAGCAGUUGAGAACUUUUCUCCGUGUAUUCUUACAUGAUCGUUUUUUCUACUCUCAUUAUAUACCAAAUCUGGUACUCCCUGAUCUGUUGUUAAGGUUACAAAAAUUGAGGGUGUUGUCUUUAAAAAGGUAUUAUAUCGAGAAGAUUCCUGAUUCAAUUGGAAAAUUGAAACACUUGAGAUACCUUGAUCUUUCUUACACUAGGAUAAAAACUUUGCCCAAAUCAACAAGUUCUCUAUUCAACUUGCAAAGUUUGAUCUUAGAAGGAUGUUCUUGCCUCAUGAAGUUGUCUGACAUGAGACACUUGAUCAAUCUACGUCACCUUAACGUUAGAGAUGCAAAUAAGAUAAAAACUUUGCCCGAAUCAACAAGUUCUCUAUUCAACUUGCAAAGUUUGAUCUUAGAAGGAUGUUCUUGCCUCAUGAAGUUACCUGACAUGAGACACUUGAUCAAUGUACGUCAUCUUAACGUUAGAUAUGUGAAUAAGAUAAAAGAGAUGCCAUUGGGAAUAAAAAAAUUGAAAUGUUUACGGACUUUGUCUAAUUUUAUUGUGGGUGAGAAUACUGGAUCUUGCUUAAAAGAUUUGAAAGAUUUAAAGUUUCUUACUGGGAGACUUUGCAUUUCAGGAUUAGUGAAUGUAACUAAUUCUCAAGACAUCAGAGAACCCAUAUUAAGUGAUAAAGAAGGUAUAGAAGUACUGUCUUUAGAAUGGGGGUAUGAUGUUGACGGCUCAAGAGAUGAGACUGGAGAGGAAAGGGUACUUAACAUGCUUCGACCACAUGCAAAUAUAAAAGAGUUCACUGUUAAAGGCUACUGCGGUAUGAAUUUUCCAUCUUGGAUGGGAGAUUCAUCUUUUUCCAAUAUGAUUGUUUUACGAUUGGAGGGCUGUGUAAACUGUACAUCUUUACCUUCUCUCGGAGAAUUAAGCUCACUCAAAGAUCUCACUAUCAAAGGGAUGACAAAAAUAGUAAGUAUUGGUUUUGGGUUUUAUGGAGAGAGCAACUCAAAGGCUUUUCAGUCACUAGAGACUCUUUGUUUUGAAGAUUUGCCAGAAUGGAACCAUUGGGAGCCAUUGAAAGAAAGUGAGCAAGCUGGAAUUUACCCGUGCCUCCUCCGCAAGCUUUCAAUCGUCAAAUGCCCCAAACUCACAGGAAUAUUACCUGAGAAUCUUCCUUCCUUGGAGGAACUUGAAAUUCGUGAAUGCCCUCAAUUGUUAGUGAAUUCAAGCAGACAUCAUCCCACUCAUGGCUACUUACAAAAGGAUGCAGACAAAGAGGCAAUGGGAAGUAAUCUGGUUGGCUGCAAUUCACUGGCCUCUGUGACUCCAGAAAAAAAUUCGGAGUUCGGUAAUUGGAUAAAGAAAGGGUGUCAGAAAGUGGAACGACUAAGUAUCAUGGGUUGUGAGAAACUCAUAUGUUUGUGGGUGAAUGAGAUUUCUCUAGAGAAGCCUCCACAAGGGUUGCAUUGCUUCAUCUCCCUCAAAAGACUCUGUAUUGAGGAUUGCCCGACUCUUGUUUCAUUUCCAGAGCUCAGUGUCUUUCCCAAUCUAAGUUCACUUGUGAUUAGAGAAUGCUAUAUGCUAACUUCCUUACCAGAAGGAAUGAAGCAUGGCAAUACUGGUCUUAAAAGUUUGUGGAUCGAAGAAUGUGAUUCUCUGACAUUCAUUGUAAAGGGUCAGCUGCCUCCAUCUCUGGAAAGUCUCACAGUAUCAAAUUGUGAGAAGUUGCAGAUUUUGUUUGAUGAUACAGAGGAUAUUUCUCUUCCUUCAUCUUCAAUGAUGCAAAAUGCGUUCCUUAGCAACACCAGGACAUCUGCACUUGUUUGCUUGGAUAUUGCCGACUGUCCAUCUCUCACGGCUUUAUCCUCAAGAGGACAGUUACCAGUUUCACUCAGAUCUCUUUAUAUUGAUCAUUGCUUAAAGCUAGCAUCAAUAGCUGAGAGAUUUGACAACAACAUGUCUCUCUGUUGUAUAUACGUCUUGAAUUGUAAAAAUCUUAGUUCCUUGCCUCGGGGUCUAUACAAUCUUAACUGUCUUCAACGAUUAGAAGUUACCGACUGUCCAAACCUUGUUUGCUUCCCUGAAGGCGGGCUUCCCAACACCAAUUUGAGUAUUUUUUUCUCAGGAUGUGAGAAACUUAAAGAGCUUCCUGAAGGCUUUCACAAUCUCAGCUGUCUCGAAGAUUUCUUUGUAGACGGAUGUCCAAGUAUCAAAUCAUUUCCAGUAGAAGGUUUUCCUGGCAACCUAAGAUCACUUUCUGUUCUUGGUAAUCCUGAAAUCUAUAAGAGUUUGAAGGAGUGGGGAUUGCACAAGCUUACCUGCCUUACAAGUCUGAAUAUAUGUGGAUGUCCAGGUGUUGUAUCUUUUCCAGAAGAUGAGAUGGGAAUGAUGCUGCCAACCUCUUUAAUUGUCCUAGUCGUUGAAGAAUUUCCAAACUUGAAAUACUUAUCUUCUAGGGGUUUUCAAGACCUAACUUCUCUUAGAACUUUGGUUAUCAAUAAUUGCCCACAGCUUUCAUCCUUUCCAGAGGGCCUGACAUCCUCACUUUUGGAUUUGAGAAUUAAUUAUUGUCCCCUGCUGAAAGAACGGUGCACAAGGGAUAAAGGACGAGAAUGGUCUAAGAUAGCUAACGUCUCUUACGUUAUAAUAGAUAACAAAACCAUCUACGAUUUGGAGGAGGAGGAAUAGGAUAGAGAAGCAUAUCAAUACUAUCUAUAUGAGUGAUAUGCAGAUUGCUAGUCGAAGAUUGUUUGACUGAUCAACAAAGCUGAAUUUUCGGAGUGUCAAUAACAUGUUUAAACAAAAGCUGAUAGAGGUAUGAUAAAAAGCUGGUUUUAUAGUACGAGAGAAGCUGACAUGACAGCCUACAAAAUCUGUCUGAAGAUCAAAAAAACUUGCACUACUUGAAGUGGGCAAUUUUUUGGGUUUCACAAGCAGAGGUGAAUAAAACGGCUGGUCUGUUUGAUGCACUUCUCUGUGUGGGCCAGUUUUUCCUGGACUCAGCUGACCGGCUGGAGGAGUUUAUGAACUAUAUCCAAGGCCGCUGUAAAAUUCCUCUUCCGACCUACUUUGUCAGCGACUACGGUGUUGGUGCUGCCAAGGUUCUAAUCGAUGCUUCUAAGGACUCCGCCAAUCAAGGUUUCAAGAUGGUUGGGUUCAAAAUUUCCAAUAAUUUGUUCUGGUUGAAAAUCAGUGGCAAGUUCACUCUCCAUGGUUUAUCUGUGGUAUAUUUAUCUGGUAGGCAAUCAUCAGAUGGUCAGCAGUUUGGAGCCUAUGGUCAAGAUGAUGUUGAUGCUCUGCGAGCACUAGCUGAGGAACCUGGAAUACUUGACUUCUUGUGUAAAGCAAAUGAAUUGUCUUUUAAGUGACCAUCUGCGAGCACUAGCAAGGUCUGAUUACUUGAUUUCCAUAACCAGUUCUCACUAAUGAAUGGCCAAGUGGGGUCACAAACAGAGCUGCUACAUCUGACAUACCCACUGGAAUCUCAGAUUCACUUGGCAGUGAUGCUACUGUAUCAGAGUUGGUGGCAUAGAUCAAGCCACGCUAUCACAUUGCGGGUUCUAAGGGAGUAUUCUAUGCUCGUGAACCUAACUCUAAUAUUGAUGUUGUUCACACGACUCGCUUUUGGGUGUUUCUCCUGUUGGAAACAAGGAUAAACAGGUGUGAUUAUUAUCCCUUGCAAGUUGGAACAAUGACCAGAUGUUUCGAUUAAUGAAUGUAGACAUUGUUGCUCGAUGGUAUAUUAUCCCUUGCAAGUUGGUAUAAUAAGUUUAUUCAUGCAAUCUCUCCUACUCCGGCAUCUACUAUGUCUGCUGCUGAGAUAAGCAUGAAGUCUCCAAACACUACCUUGUCUCCAUACACACUUGUAGAUCAAGCUGCUAAUGCUAAAGAAACCAUAUGGAGGUGACGGCAAUAGGCUGUGUUUUAAAUUUAUAUAUUCUGGGACUUGUCCUCGUGGGGAGAAAUGCAACUUUCGACAUGAUGGUGAUGCAAGAGAACAAUGAUUGAGAGGUGUUUGUCUUGAUUUUAUUAUCAAAGGAAAAUGUGAAAAGGGCCCAGAGUGCAACUUUAAGCACAGUCUACAGAUGGAAGGUGAGAGCCGUUCUCACAGGAGAUCUGCAUCUGGAAUUGCUACUGCUAACAGGCCGUACCUAUUCCAUCAUCCAAAGCAGCUGCUGUUCAAGUGAUAUUUAACUUGGCUGCUGAAAAGUGGGGUUCUAAAUUUUUUGACUAAAAUCCAAUAAUAGCUCUGAUGGGAGAAAAUCAUUGAGGACACAGUUCAAUAAAAACUUUAGUUUCUUUUAUGCGGAACUCCCUGGAGGUACAAUUCCGUCACAUGUAGUAGAAGAGAAUGAAAGAUUCCCAGCCCAAUUUGGACGUGAGGUAAUCUACUUAGAUAUUGUUAGGUCUAGUGUAUAUGUAAGGAAGAAGAAAAGGGGAAGAGCAGGGAGAAAACUAGCGGGGGAGACAAGUGUUAACAUCCUGGAAGCUACAGGUGUCCAAAAGUUAGCAUUUACAAAUUGUGCAGCCAGCAAUGAACAACCAGGGGAACAUGCAGCCUGCUGGCGACAAACCUUGGGGACCACGGAGAUUUCCAGUGUUGAGGUGUCAGCUCAAGGCUACAAGAGUUGUCGCAGGGAGAAAGGGAGCAUCUUAGGCAAUGGGAAGAAAGAGAAGGGCAAGGAAAAAUUGGAAGAAUAGGGUUUUGGGGAGAGUACCAGCCUCUCAAAUGCUGGCAGGGGAAUUAGUGUUUGGGUGUUUUUGAUUUGAUGCUUCUUUUGUGCUAUUUCAGUUUGUUACCAUUGCAGUUGUUUAUGUAAACAUGCUACAGUACUCUUGAAUGAACAUUGUUAUUUUCAUUUCUGGAAAUCAGUCAAUACAACUUCACUUUAUUACA